AUGGCUACUCAACGCGCUGUCAUUGUUCGUGAACGUGGUCAGGUCGCCCUUGUCGAUGACCUUCCCAUACCGAGCUUGCCUGACGACUACAUCUUGGUGAAAACCCGCGCAGUGGCUCUCAAUCCAACCGACUGGAAACACGUCGACUUCGAGUCAUGCAACGGAGCGGUCGUCGGCUGUGACUAUGCCGGCAUUGUCGAGGCCAUUGGGUCUCAGGUGCGCAAAUCGUGGAAGAAAGGCGAGCGUAUCGCCGGGUUUGUUCACGGCUGCGACAUCAUGCGGCCCCACGGAGGUGCCUUUGCAGAGUAUGUGAUCGCCAAGGGGGACUUGCAGUUCAACGUGCCAGAUUGGAUGAGCCUUGAAGAGGCGGCUUGUUUAGGGGUCGGCAUGACCACCAUUGGACAGAACCUCUAUCAGUCUAUGCAGCUGGCUGAACCGGGCAAGGCGAAGGACGAAGAGGAUGAGGAUGAAGGGGUCACUCAAAUUCUGAUCUACGGCGGGGCCACCGCAACGGGCUCCCUCGCGAUCCAGUUCGCGAAGCUGUCCGGUCUUCGCGUCGUCACCACAUGCUCGGAAGUCAACCGCGCCUGGAUGCUGGAGCUCGGCGCGGAUGCGGUCUUCGACUAUCAUGAUUCCCAGGUAGGGGACCGAAUCCGCGAGGAGACCGAUGAUGCCCUGGAGCUCGUCUUUGACACCAUCUCCACGAAUGCCUCGGCGGCGAUAUGUGCCGCCGCGAUUUCGUCAUCCGGCGGCUGCUACAAUGCGCUGCUGGACGUGAGAUGCCCACGGGCUGACGUGGAUACGCAAGUCUCGAUGGCCUACGAUAUGAUCGGGGAGCCUUACCAGAUGGGCGGCAAGGAAGUCCCAGCCACGCCUGCAAACCUCCAAUUUGGGUCCCAGUGGGCUGAUACGGUGGAGAAGUUGUUACAGACCCGCCAGAUUACCCCCCAUCGAUUAGAGGCGAAAUCGGGUGGUUUGGCUGGAAUUCCCGCGGGAUUGGACUUGCUCCGACAGGGCAAGGUGCGGGCCUCCAAGCUGGUCUAUUGUGUUGAUGAGACCCAGUAG